AUUAAAGCAUCAAGGAGCAAUGCCUAAAGCAGAUCAUAGCAAAUAAAUUGAGUUUACAAAGAGAGGCCUUGAUAACUAGACUGAUCUCAGCUGACAUUUUUCUUUGAGGAUUAUCUUUCAGCUUCAUUGAUCCAUGGCAAAGAUGGGAUCUUUAGAUCUCCAAGGCCCCCCCUUUCUCUCCCCCAAGACCCUACUUUCUCUAUGUUCCAUUUCCUAUUCAGAAACAUCAAAUCAAAUUCGGGUCUUCCGGCUCUUGUCGGAGCCGAAACCGGCGAGACGCUCACGUUUUCCGACCUAAAACAUCGAGUCCUCAAGCUCGCCCGCGCACUCCGAAAUCUCGACGUCUCCAAGAAUGACGUCAUCCUUAUACUAUCCCCGAAUUCGAUACUCUACCCCGUCGUGUUCUUCGCCGUCGUAGCGAUCGGAGCCGUCACCACAACCGCCAAUCCACAGUGCACGGUGCGGGAAAUCUCGAAACAGGUCGAGGACUCGAAUCCGAAGCUCGUCGCGACAAUCCCCGAACUCUACGAUAAACUCGAACACUUGAAUCUACCUUGCAUUAUGCUAUCCGAUCCUAUUUCUUGUCGCCGGGGUAGAUCGAAUACGGCGAAAUGGUACUUUUACUCGGAUUUGAUCGAAUCUUCCGACCCGGACGACGAUUUAUCGUUGCCUCCGGUUACCCAAACCGAUACGGCAGCCAUUCUUUACUCGUCAGGCACAACGGGAACGAGCAAAGGAGUCGUUCUAACGCACCGGAAUUUCAUUGCGUCGGCGAUGAUGGCGACGUCCGAUCAAGAGGUCGAUAAAAACACGAAGGAUGUGUUCGUUUGCUUUCUGCCGCUGUUUCAUAUAUUCGGAUUGGCGAGUCUUCUUUACGCGCAGCUACAGAGAGGCAGCUGUGUCGUCAUGAUGGCAAGGUUCGACAUGGAGAAGCUGCUGAGGGCUAUGGAGAGGUACAGAGUGACACAUUUGUACGCCGUUCCACCGGUCGUCGUCGCGUUGGCGAAGCAGAAAGAGCUCGUGAAAAGAUUCGAUCUUUCUUCGCUAAGGGAGAUCGGGUCGGGGGCUGCGCCAUUAGGCCCCGAAGUGAUCGACGAAUGCGCGAAAGGUUUUCCGCAGGCUGUUCUGUUCCAGGGCUAUGGAAUGACGGAAACAACGGGUGCUAUUUCUCUCGAAGACACGAGAUUGAUAUCGCGAAGCUCAAGCUCUACGGGGUUCCUUGAUCCCGGAGUCGAAGCUCAAAUAAUCGACAUAGAAACUAUGGAUCCUCUCCCACCUCUACAUAAAGGCGAAAUUUGGGUUCGCGGGCCGAACAUUAUGCAAGGCUAUUUCAAGAAUGAAACCGCGACGAAACAAACUAUAGACAACCAAGGUUGGUUGCACACUGGCGAUUUAGGUUAUUUUGACAACAAGGGGUGCCUACACAUAGUCGAUAGGAUCAAAGAGCUUAUCAAAUGCAAAGGGUUCCAAGUUGCGCCCGCAGAACUUGAAGAGCUGCUUCUCGCUCAUCCUGAGAUAAACGAUGCAGCAGUUAUCGGAUCGCCGGAUGCUGAAGCCGGAGAGGUCCCGGUUGCCUAUGUUGUCCGAUCAUCAACCAGUUCGAUAACUGGAGAAGAGAUAAAAGAUUUUAUUGCAAAACAGGUAGCGACGUAUAAGAGGGUAAGGAGAGUGAUAUUUUGCGACGGCAUUCCCAAGUCAGCCUCCGGCAAGAUCUUGAGGAGGGAGCUCAGACAGGGACGACUUUUAUCCAAAAUAUAAUUUAAUUAAAAAAAUUAGGCUAUGUUUAUUUAUAAUUUUGACCUUUUUUUAAUAUAUAGUUAAUUAAUAAUAUUUUUUCUUUUAA